GGAGCGGAAAAUGGCGGCGGCAGCAGCGGCUGCAGCCGGGACCCGAGUCGGACUGAGGCGGAGGAGCCGCCAGCUCUGACCUCGCUCUGGCUCCCGUGCGCGCGGCGGAGCGUGUGCGAGGCCCCGUGCGUCGGGCAGGGGCGCCGGCGGCGACUGUGCGCCGCCCUGACGAGCUCCCCGGCGGCGGCGCGGCUGCGGCUGAGGAAAGAGCCGGCUCCGGGCCUCGGCGUCCUCCUGCUCCCCGGGCCCCCCGCCUCCUCGGGGGGGCGGUGGCGGCGAUGUUCUCGGUCCUCUCGUACGGGCGGCUGGUGGCCCGCGCCGUGCUCGGCAGCCUUUCGCAGACUGACUCCAGGGCCGGCAGCGGCGGCGGCGGCGGCGACUACGGGCUGGUGACGGCUGGCUGCGGCUUCGGCAAGGACUUCCGUAAGGGCCUCCUCAAGAAGGGCGCGUGCUACGGGGACGACGCGUGCUUCGUGGCCCGACACCGCUCCGCUGACGUGCUCGGGGUUGCAGAUGGUGUAGGAGGAUGGAGAGACUAUGGAGUUGAUCCGUCACAGUUCUCAGGGACUUUAAUGCGAACGUGUGAACGUUUAGUAAAAGAAGGACGGUUCGUACCGAGUAAUCCCAUUGGAAUUCUCACCACAAGCUACUGUGAGCUGCUGCAAAAUAAAGUACCUUUGCUUGGUAGCAGCACUGCCUGCAUCGUAGUGCUGGACAGAACUAGCCACCGCUUACACACAGCAAACCUGGGCGAUUCCGGUUUCCUGGUCGUCCGGGGCGGCGAAGUUGUGCACCGGUCAGAUGAGCAGCAGCAUUACUUCAACACUCCAUUCCAGCUCUCCAUCGCACCACCUGAAGCCGAGGGCGUCGUCUUGAGUGACAGCCCGGACGCUGCUGAUAGCACAUCUUUUGAUGUCCAGUUAGGAGACAUUAUCCUGACGGCGACAGAUGGACUCUUUGACAACAUGCCUGAUUACAUGAUCCUUCAGGAGCUAAAAAAGUUAAAGAAUUCCAAUUAUGAGAGUAUACAGCAGACUGCAAGAAGCAUUGCUGAACAAGCUCACGAGCUGGCCUAUGACCCAAAUUACAUGUCACCUUUUGCACAGUUUGCAUGUGACAACGGAUUGAAUGUGAGAGGCGGAAAGCCAGAUGACAUCACCGUCCUUCUCUCAAUUGUGGCUGAAUAUACAGACUGACUCGUCUAGAUGUCAACUCCUGCCUUGCCUUUCACCGUCCCAAACUCUCCCCUGCCAUGCGCUGAUUCUGCAGGCAGGACCACGUUCCUUUGCCACUGAUCACAGAGGCCAGUGAUGUGAGCCUUUGGCCUGUCUUUUUGAGACCCAGUUGAGCUCUUUGUUAAGAACCACUACUGUCAUUCACUAGCUCAUAUCUGCCAGCAACAACUGAAGAGAAUCAAGAUUGGAAGAUUGGCCUUCAUUUCUCCUUGUCCUUUUCCGUGAUGGGAUGGGGAUUUUCAAAGUUAAAGUGACCGUUACCUUUCAAAAGUAGUUGAAGUAUUGAAAAUGAGUAAUGUUGGUACAGCAAACUCAAAACUACAUUGUGUAAAAGGGAUUUUUAAAAUCUAACAAAUCGUAUGUUAUGAUACAUCUACUAGAAACAUACAUAAUUCAUCCAAAAAAAGUUAAAUGUGUACUACACAGGCAUAGUCUUUGUUAUGAUGAUUGGAUGUAGCUUUAUGUUUUUAUUAUAAACUCUUACUUUUUUCAGAGGUUUAUAAUUCUGCUCUAAAACAUUGGCUCUGGGUUAUGGAAUCUUGAUCCCAGGAGCUUUUUUGUUAGAAAUUGGGAGGAAAAUUCGUUUUAGUUCUAUGGAUGCAUAUGUGUUGUGCUUUUUAAAAGAUGCUUAAUUGUGUUCCUGUGAUUAAAAUUUUGGCUGUUUGUUGAUUAGUCCAAAUCACAGGCUGGUGGCCUGAUCUACAAGAGAGGUGAGGGAAACUCCUUACCAGAUUUUUUUUUUAGUGGAAAUUCUACUCAAGGUUGUAAAACUCCUCAAAGCCUAGAAAUGUAAUGUUAUGGCUGAAAAUCCUCCCAGCUGUCUGGUAUGAUGCCCCCGCAUGGGAGCUCAAAGCCCACAGGCCUAAUGGGUUGAAUGGACAGCAUGUAACUUGAAUUCUGUUGGCUUUUCAUGGUCAGGAUACACAGUCUUACUAUCGGACCUUUUAUUAGUAGCCUCGCGUUCUCUAGAGCAUGCACCAAAUUCAGUGCGUCCACGUGGAAAGAGCACCGUGUGUGCAGAGGCAGCAGCACAGAUGUCCACCAGUAAAACUUCUAGUGAUAACACAAUAUUUGCAGUUGCCCUGAACAGACAUUUAGGGGUUUCUGAAUCAAGCUUAAUAAUGUUUACAGUUUCCGAAUAGCCAUUUUGCAGUGUAUAGUCUCCUUAUAAAACUACUCCGCAUUCAGUUUUCCCAUUAUCUGCAAGCUCAAACUUAUUUUUAAGGUUUGUGUACAAGUUGACUGCUGUAAAGAUAUAUAUUUUUGGGUCAGUUUUUUUCUUCAUUAACUUGGUGGUAGAAAAAUAUAUAUACUUAGAAAUCCUUAAAUUAAAGCCAUGUUUUAUAUGUAAGCCAGGUAACAUUGGUGUAUAGAUGAGAAUGCAAUUAAACCUGGUAAGAAUCUACGUGAGGAGAAUAUAGAGAGUCUUUUUCUCUAAAGGAGAUACUUACUCCCUGGUUUAUUGCAUUAAAACUUAUGUUUGAGGUUACCUCAACUUGUUUUAAAAGAUUUUGUUUUGUGAAUUUGUACUGUAUAUUUGAGUAACUGUCAAGCUUUUGUUUUAUUUAAAAUUGUUUAACAUGUACCAUGUACAUGUCAUUACUAUAUUUCAAUGCAUCAUGCUUGUAACAGGCAUUUCAUUUAUAAUAAGAAUGAGUUAUUCAUUUGUAAGCCGUUCGGUAAUUUAUCUACUAUUUCUAAAUUGGCAUAAUGUUAGGUAUCUAUUUUCAAUCACCUUUAAUUACAUGUCAGAAUGCCUUAACUACCCUAGCUUGAUGAAACAAUUCUUUGUUAGAGGAGAUGGGGGGGGGUGGGUUGGGAAGGAUGAGACUCGGUUUAAAUAAUGAGAAAUUGUUGUGCAAUGGUAAAACACGGAAGCGUGAAUGGCAAGUGGCAGGGUAUUUAUUUUGCACAAACUAUUCGCAGUCUCUGUAUUUAAAAAGUAAAGAAAGUUGCAUCCAGAAGGGUUUUGUUGGGAGGAAUACAUUUAUACUUGGGCUGACAACUUCACUUCUUUUGUUUGGGGUUUUUAAUUAUUUCUGGUCAGAGGUACAUAGCCUUAUGAUCUGGAUAUAUUUUGCAUUAAUUUUCCAAUGCCUACACUUAAUUCCUGGGAAGAGCAACGCUGGUGAAGUUACUGGUUUUCCUCUGCUCUCAUUUAACCUAUCAAACACAAUCGUUGCAGAGCUAGAUUGGUGGUUUUACACAACUCAUUUAAUCAGCUUCUAUUUUUGAGAAAUCGUUGUUAAAAAUUGACAGUGUGUUUCAGUGAUGUUGAAAAUAGUGGGACAAGAAUUGAGUUUCACAGUGGAAUUGACUUUGGACCUGGCCUGUUGGUUAGUGACAUAAAAUAUUUUCCCUAUUUUCUUCUCCCUGUCCUUUUUGUGUCAUGCGCUUAAUUUUCUGACUGCCGGGGGUCAGUUGGAGUGCUGCUUACCAGGCAGCUGCUCUCCCACUCUCAGUGGUCAGAGGCUGUAUUGGACCCAGACUAGAAUUCCAGGUCACAGGACCCUAGCCUCUGGGGGUGUGACUGUGCUAUACCACUUGGUGGGUCUGAUUCUGAACCUGAUGUGUGUGUUUGUUAUGUUUUAAAUCAAGCAGUAUAAACACACACGCACAUUUGCCUCAUGUAAUAGACUUUUAUAACAAAAGAGAAAAAUUGGAUUUCUAAUUUACAUAUGGCAAAUUAUUUAUCCCUCUCUGGAUGCACCAAAGACCAGUAAAGUUUAUAGCUUUUCCAUCUAUAUUUAUAAAGCAAUACUGUAUUAUAAAAGUCAAUAUUUUUAUCACAUGCUUGAAAUUUUUAUUUCGUUCUGUUUUAAAAUGUGCACUCUAAACAUAUCAGAACCUUAUUUCUUCCUACGAACUUAAGCUGCCUGCGCACAAUAAAUUUUUUUUUACUGAAUGGAGAUGCAGUAGAGUCCAUAGGCUCUUGAAAACUGAAAUAAGAAAUGAAGGGAAAAACCAAGUUAUUUCUCUUGAAUUACUCUACUGGCUUAAUGUGAUUGAUGGGUAUUAAAUCACAAAAGAAUUCAUUCCAGGUGUGAAUGUCUAGGGGUUGGGCUGUGUCUAGAUUAGAAACUAGAUUUCAAGCUUUACAUGCUGGGAAAAGAGUUUCCUAUCAGCGGCUUUUGUUCUGCAUGGAACAGUAGCCCAGAGAUGGAAACCACCUUCAGUACCACCAACCUACCACACCAUGUAGCAGGGCAGGAAUUGUGGGAGUUUCCUGAGUCAGUUUUGAUGUUCUCAAGGUUAUAAACAAGACUGGCUAGAACUGUAAAGGUUUGUACUUUGGGAUGAGUUCAUGAUUGUCACCUUAUACCACCUAUGUUUGGUAGAAGCUACCACAUCCAAUUUCCCUGGAAACUGUAUCAGAUUUUUGCAUUUAACAAAUUUUACAAUACCAAAAAAACAAAAUUUACUUAAAAAACGAAACUAUGAACAAAAAGCAUUUGGAUUCUAUUUGUAAAAAUAGAUACGUAAUAAAUUCAAUCUUUUUUGCAAAAUUGAACCUCUCUACUAAAAAGUGUCCAUGUCAAAAUUUUAACCAUUACCAGGUAGUUUGUGUCAAAGAUGGCUAAAUAAUGGAAGCAAAUUUGUAUAUACUAAUGAGCUGCUUUUUUCUGUUGAGACUAUCAUACUUGUCUUACCCAAGAGGCAAUUAUUACCUGAAUUGGAUGUCUGAAAUAUAACUUAUGCAGGAAUAGUUCUGUAAAUACAUUUAAAUAAACUGUAAAGAUAUUUAAUAAAUAUAGUAUUUAUACUAA